CUAAAGUAUAAAUAUAAGUGUGUAAGUGCGUGCUGAAAGAAUUUUACAAAACUGAAAUUACAAAUUGUUCAAACGAAAAUAAGAACGUUUUUGAUCGACAAAUAAGAUAGCACUUUAGGCAGCAAUAUGCUGCAUUCUAAUGUAAAUUUUAUUGAAGAUAUCAACGACGUAUAAUAGAAAAAAACAACACAAAUAAAAAACUUGAUGCAUUGCAAAUAAUUACCAGCUCGUACGCAUAUAUAUUAACCAUAUAUAUAUAUAUAUAUAAAUACAUAAAUAUAAUAAUCAAAAAGCCCGAUAAAAUACAAAAACACAACUGGCAACUUGAUUGAAGCAACCGCAAACGCACGGCGGCGUCGGCAGCUGACGCAGCAGCAGCCGCUGCAGUCGCAGCAGACGUCGUCAGCAGCAGCAGCAGCCAUGAAAGUGGAUACGGUGAAAUUGAAAAAAGGCUCCUCGGAGCUGACAGCCGAAUGUCGCGAAUUAAUCGAUGAGCUGACCAAACGACGCACACGUGCCGAACUCCUUGAGUUUCUGGACACGGUGCACGUGUGGAUCUAUGGCAAAUGUGAGCUAUAUCAUUGGAUCGAAAUACUUGAUCGUUUCGAUAAAAUUCUCGAGGAGGCGGCACGACAUGUUAAUGCCAAUGAGUUUGUCCUGCAAUGCGACACAACAUUUCUGAAUACGGAUGUUACGUUGCUGCUGCAUGUGCUGAAUUUCACCACAUUGCUUAUUGAGCAUUCGUUCUCGCGCCAUUUGUACAAUUCAAUUGAGCAUUUGACGCAGCUACUGUCAUCACAGAACAUGGACAUUGUCCUCGCCGUGCUCAAUUUGCUGUACAUGUUCUCAAAGCGCAGCAAUUUCAUACCGCGCUUGCCAUUCGAAAAAAAGGAAUUGCUGAUUGUCAAACUGUUCAACAUAGCCGAGCGCUGGGGCGAUCCAAACUAUGGCCUGUCGCUUAAGGAUUGCUGCAUUGUCGAACCCAAAUUAGAGUUUCUCUAUCAGCUGUGCAUCGAUUAUGUGGAUGAGCAUGGUCAUGCCGCACAGCUGGAAAUACCGGACAUGAUGGAUCUAUGUCAUAAAGCGGCCGCGCCCGAGGUUAUCAAAACCAUUGCCGGCCAGAUCUCAAAACCGAGUGAGGCCAUCAAAAUGCGUAUUGCGCAUCGUGUGCGCCUCAUCUGUGGUUUCAAUGAUUACAAACUGCGGCUGCAGUUCGUUCAGGCUCGCCUGCAAGCUGUCUCCAUUCUGAUCUAUUCGAACGCACUGCAGGAUAACACCGAUAAGGUGCUCUACGCUGGCUUUGGCGAGGAGCUGUGCGAAUUGAUUGACAAGGAGGAUGUCCAUCUGGUGGAGAUACGCGCUGCAGUGUUACGCACGCUCACAUCGAUGCUCCACUUUGAUCGCAAUCCCAGUGUGCCACGAGCUGGCUCCCGUUUAAUGAAGAUUGUGCACUACACUGGCGCAGAGCGUCAAGGCGGCACAUUGCCAUUGCUGGUGCGCGAUUGCAUUGACAAUUUGACGACACACGGAUUAACCGAACGCUAUCCAUUGAUCUUGGCCACAUCGCUCUUCUCGCUGCUGUAUCAUCUGGCCAGCUAUGAGCUGGGCGGCUCUGCGCUGGUUAAAAGCGGGAUGAUGCAGUCACUGUUGCGUGUCAUCAGCUGGCCUGGUGUUGAUCUGGAGCACAUCACAUUUGUGACACGCGCUGUGCGCGUUAUUGAUUUGAUUACGAACAUUGACAUUGCGCGUUUCCAUCAGAAUAACGGUCUCAAUGUGUUCAUCGAUCGUUUGGAGAAGGAGAUUAAGAGCUGUUGUCGCGCCCUCGCCGAAAUUGGCAUCACACUCAAAGAGUCGACACUGCGCGAUGAGCACGGAAUGAACGAUAAGCUGGACAGUUCAUUGGAGCAGGCCGACGAUGAUGAUGCGGCCACCGAGAAUGCAUCGGUGGCCAGCGGCAGUGCAUCGCCGCGUCGUGACAAUUCCAGCAGCGAUGCCAGCGAGCACGCGCAACGUGCCUAUCGUGCUUUUAUGGAGAACGAUGCACAACAACAACGAGGCGCAGGCAAUGCUGCGGCAGGUGGAGCUGCGUCAGCUAGUUGGCUGGAUCUUGGUGGAGCACGCAACUUGGAUGCGGCUGCAGCUGGUGAUGGAGCUGCUGGCGGAGCAGCCGCCUCAGGAGCAACUGAUGCGACACCGGAACGUGUCGUUCAAUAUCCGGCAAACAGUUACUAUGCCCGACCGCUGGCCGAGCGCAAAGCAGAGCUAUCCACGCAGCUGCCAAGCAGCCUGCAGCCGAAGAAGCCCUCGUGUGUGACACAGCGUGCGGCGCUGCUCAAAUCAAUGCUGAAUUUCCUCAAGAAGAGCAUACAGGAUCACGCGCAUUUCAGCAAUAUGCGCAACAUCAUGGAGACGAGCUUAACGCAAUCGCUGCGUCACAUUAUCGCCAAUGCGGAGUAUUAUGGUCCAUCGUUGUUUCUGCUCGCCACCGAUGUGGUCACCGUUUACGUCUUCAACGAACCAUCGUUGCUCUCAUCCCUGCAGGACUUGGGCAUCACCAGUGUCAUGCUGAAGGCGUUGCUGCAAAAAGAUGUGCCCGCAACACGUGAAGUUCUCGGCUCGCUGCCGAAUGUAUUCUCAGCGCUGUGCUUGAACGAACGCGGUCUCUUUGAAUUCCUAUCGUACGAUCCGUUUGACAAGGUGUUGAAGGUGCUGCUAUCGCCCGAUUAUUUGGUCGCAAUGCGUCGUCGUCGCAGCUCGGAUCCGUUGGGAGAUACGGCCACAAAUUUGGGCAACGCCAUGGAUGAUUUGAUCAAGCAUCAUCCGUAUUUGCGUGCCGAUGCCACCGAAGCGAUUGUCCGACUCCUCAACGAACUGGUGCGUCUCGGCUCCGAUCCCAGUUUCAUUUGCUGGCGCGCCAACAAGGAGAGCAGCUCAACGAGUGCCGCACACAGCGCAGCGCCAUCGACGCCUUCGCCCUCUGCCAUGGUGAUGGUGGCUGCCGGGCCGGUGUUGCAGAGUGCUGCCGAUAACAAUGAUAGCAGCGGCGAUGAUGAUGACGAUGACGAUGAAAUGAGUUCGGCAUCCCAACAGCAGCAGCAACAACAGCAACAACAACAGCAGCAGCAACAACAACAACAGCAGCAACGCGUGUCGCCUGGAGCCAAUCGUCAACAGCAAGCGGCGGCAACCACAACAGCAGCGGGAGCAGCAACAGCUACAGCGCAAGCAACACCAGCUCAACAACAGCAACCAGCACAAGCGACCACAACCACAGCAACAGCUGCCACUGCAGCAACAACAACAGCAGCAGCUGCAACUCCCACAGCAACAACAACAACUGUGGCUGCCGCUGUGGCAGCGCCAACAACACCGCAACCGGAACGCGAAGCCAUACCAUUGAUUGACUACAUACUGAACGUGAUGAAGUUCAUCGAGGCGAUCUUCAGCAACAGUCCCAAUGGCGAUCAUUGCCGUGAGUUCGUCCAAAAGGAUGGCCUCACACCCAUCUUGCAGCUACUCUCGCUGCCCAAUCUGCCCGUCGAUUCGCCCGUUUCCACCACCUCCCAGGCGGUGGCGAAUGUGUGCAAAGCGAUCUUGAGCCAGGCACAAGAGACCAAAGUCCUGGACGUUGCGUUGCGUCAACUGGCGAACAUUGUGGCCCAGCUGAAGCCACUGAUCAAGCACUUUACCUUUCCCGGCGGAAGUGUGUUACUCGCUGAGCUCGUGUGUUGUCAGCGACUCGAGGAUGGCUUCUCGAAUGCCAACUAUACACCGAUCUUGCACAACAUGAGCUUUGUCCAUGGCUAUGUGGUGAUGUUGGUGCACUUGUGUCGCAAUGCAUCGACCGAGAUGCGAACCGUGCUCCUUAAGCGUUGGGGCGCCCAACGUGAGACGGGCGUUCAACUGUUGCAACAACUCGUUCAACUCUACAUAUCGUUGGUGUGGGAGAGCACCAUACUGCUAAAUCUCUGCUCGGAUGAGCCCACCCAGCAUCCAGAUCUCAUUUGGGAUGAGAUUGCCGCACAAAUGUCCGCCGCAGCUGGGACCGCCGAUCCCCUAACCGAGGCGGAACUCUCACGGAAACUGGAACGUGCUGCCGAAUUUCGGACCAAAUACACACCCGAGGAGCAGUUUCGUUACAUCAAAUCACUGCUGGCGGCCAGUUCGCGUCUAGGACGCGCUCUCGCCGAGCUGCUCGGUACACUCGUCAAGCUGUCGGUGGGAUCGCCGCAAACGCGUCAGCGACGCAUCAACGAUAUGAUUAGCAACAUUAACAAAGUUCCUAGCCCCGAGGCGCGUGAAAUUGCUCGCAUCCUGAGCUCCAUACUGGUGAAUGGCUUCAGCCACGAGAGCAUUCUGCCCAAGCCGGUGCCAAAGCUCAAGCUGACGUUCCUCAUCUGUUCGGUGGGCUUCACCGGUCCGAUGUUGUUCGAUGACAAACGCAGCGCCUUCCAUCUGAUGAUCUCGCAGUUUUGCGCCGAAAACGGUUUAAAGGCCUUCUUCGAGAUGUUCUAUUGGGCGCUCUCGCUCGAUAAUGUGUCGCAAAAGUUUGCCUUCGAUCAGUGGGCGGCACUCGAUGAUCUGAUGCAAUCGCACGAGGACGACAAACGUGAUUGUCCCGAGGGAACGGGAGAAUUCCUGGACGCAUGGCUACAACUCCUCGAAAAGAUGGUGAAUCCACGGGCGAUGCUCGAGUCGCCGUACACGAUGAGUCCGCGGGUGAAUUAUGUGCCCUUUGAGCCGGUGUUCUAUCUGAUACACAUCCAUCAGCUGGCGAUGCAGGCGUUGCGACGCAUCUGGUGUCGUCGUCCGAUUCCGAACUAUGGGGCGAGCAUGUUCGAGACGAUCAUCUUGAUACUGAAGCAUUUGAUUAAGUCGCAUCAGAUGCUGCUCGAUCGGUAUCACACCCGGAUGCAGGAGAUUAAAUUCGAGAAUCUGUACAUACGCAACACGGACGAGGGACUCAAUACGGAUCACAUACGCACGCUGACGGACAUGGGCUUCAGUCAUUAUCACAUCAUUGAGGCGUUGCGGAAUAAUGCUUCGCUCGAGGAGGCAACCGAUUAUUUGCUCAACAAUCCCGAGGCGGGCAAUUCAAUUCAAUACAAUUCAACGCAGGCAAUGCAAGUCCAACUGGGUGGCGGACAAGCCACAGGAGGAGGAGGAGGAACUGCAGCAACGACAGCAGCACCAACUACCGGAGGUGGUGGCUCCACAUUGAGUUUGUCACAGGGCAGCUUUGCCUCGAAUGUCGCCGUCGUUGGUGACAUGGACAUCGAUGUGGAAUCAACGACGCCGGGUAGCACCGGAGCAGCAUCGCUGGACAAUGCGGAUGUGACGCAACAAGCACAACAACAACAGCAACAAACGUCUUCGUCGUCGUCCAACAGCAAGUUGCCCAACUCCUCGGCAUCGGCGUCAUCAUCGUCGUCAUCAGCGAAUGCGUAUGAUUAUCGCCAGUUGAAGCUGAUGCCACCGUUGAUCUUUGAUCGCUUCUGCGAUGAGGCAGUGUCGCGUGCCUUUGAGUUUAUGGAGGCGAUACCCGAUACGGUGAACAGUGCAGCGGAUCUCAUAGCGGUGCUCUAUCGUCGCUUGAAUCACCUGAAUCGUCAGGUGUUUGUCACCAAUUUCGUGCGCAACAUCAUCCAAUGGGUUGACUUUACGCUACAGCUCUUCGAGCCGAACGCAACCGGAACAGCAACGCCCAAGGCGGGACGAUUGGAGGAGUGCUUGACGGGCAUGACAGCGACACGUUUGUUUGUGCGCCUCAAGACCUCGACCCUGUUGCUCGAGGAGAACUACAGCGACUUGCAUCGUCCGCUCGUCGAAGCGAUUACCGCCCAGGAUGCGAUGGUCUCGCUGGUCAAGCUGCUCGAUUGCAUGAGCCAAUGGCUGCUCGAGCAAUCCCAGUUGGAGCAGCAGCAACGGGCGGCGGUGCCGCGUUGGCUCCAGAAUCUGGUGGACCUGAUCGAUGCCAUCGAUAGCAUUAGUCACAUACUGCAGCGCAAGGCGAACAUGCGUGCGGUGAGCAGCGAUUUGUGGCGUUGGUAUGACGCCUCGACGGGCAAAUGGAAUGCGUAUUCGGAUGCCAACAAUGAGCUGAUACGCAACGCUUAUGCUGCCGGUGAACGUUGGCUGCACAUCAACAUCGGGCGGCAACGUUGCACGGUCAGCUUCAAUUGCAUGACCCAAGUGAGCGAGGCGAGCGGCAGCCAUCGACCUGUGUAUCCGGCGUUGAAGAUAUGCGAGGCAAUCAGUCAACUGCAGAAUCCGAUGGCCAUGCACAAGGUGGACAAUGUGUUGAAUCGUGUGGUCCGCACCGCCAGCGAUGGCAGCGGUGGCACAACGCAUGUGGAUGAAUUGGUUCCCUUGCGACAGCUCAUCAACUUUAAUGAGCCACCAGCGGCAGAGACAACAGCAGGAGGAGCAACAGGAACAACAACAGGAGCAACCACAGAGGAAGGAGCUGCUGAGGAGAGCAACGAACCGUUGCCACCGCCACCGCCUGCAAUGACAACGCGCAGUAAAUCGCGUCAGAAAAGCGCUGCAGCUGCCAAGGCAGCCAAAGCAGCCGCCGCAGCAGCUGCUGCCAGCAACACUGCAGCAUCAACAACAGCAACCACAAAUGCAACAACAGCCACAACAGCGAUCCCGAAACGCACGCAGAAGAUCAUAUUGAACGAGGAGCAUGUGGGUCUCAGUAAAUUCGAUUGCAAUCGCAUCAUUGGCAGCAUUGUCGCGUUGUUGCAACCUCCGCAGCUGUUGCACCACGAGACCAAAUUGUCGCUGUUGCGCCUCUGCGCUCGCCUCACACGCAACUAUGCGAAUGCCCAGAUGUUUAUACGCUGCGGCGGUGUUCGCAUGCUGCUCCAAUUGCAGCAAUCGUGCAGCUUCAUGGGCUUCCCCACCUAUGCCAUUAUCAUCUUGAGGCACGUGUUGGAGGCGCCACCGGUGCUGCAGGAGGCCAUGGAACGUGUGCUGGGCAUGCGUGCCGCUGGCAUUGUGCCCGUCGGUCAUCGUGAUCUCAUCUAUGUGCUCACCCAGGUGUCGACGGCGGUGUCGCGUGAUCCGCAAAUCUUUGUCGCCGCCGCCAAGGAGAUGCUCAAGGGCGAGUACAUGAUCAAUGCGAAUAGCAAUAAUCUCGUCGACGAUGGACGUGUCAUGGUCAAGUCCAAAUUUGGACAACAGCCGACGGCAGCAGCAGCAUCAACAACGUCAACAACAACAACAACUGGCACGGGAACGGGUGCCACGCCAAAGGACUCGAAGGAGAGCGGCAACAAGGAUGAUCUCAAGGAUGAUCCGCUUGUGCAGUCAUCGGUGUCGGUGCUCAAGGAGCUCUUGAUGGCUCUGGUCCAGCCAUGUUGUCACUAUGGUGGCGCCGCAGCGGAACAGCCGCUGAAUGCCGCCGAAUUGUUGCAGCCAGAUCAGCCACCAGGCGCGGCAGGAGCAACAGGCAGCCAGGAAGAUGAGGAUCCCUCGCCCGCUGCCAAGAAGUUAACCGGUGGCAAUCUGGGCAACGCUCAAGCACAAGCUGCCGGCGCUGGCGGAGGAAGUGGCGGCGACAAAUUCGAACCCUGCUGCUGCACAUGGCACAUCCCGACAAGCGCACACAGUCACGCGAAGCCGACGCUGUCGCGUGCAACGCUGCUCAAACUGCUGGCGGAUGCGACACGCGCCUAUCAAUCGCUGGUGCCCCGAGUGCUCCUCUCGCACGUCUAUGUGCCCAGCGACAGUCCACUGAUCACACCGGCUAGCGGUGGACAACAGACGUUCCUUGCGGUGCUCCUCGAUCGUUUUCUGCCACUCACCCAGCGUCAGCAUGUGCCCGAGGUGAGCACAAUGGCCCGGGUGCUGCUCUGUUCGCUCUCCGAUUGCUAUCAACAGGCGGGCGUCCAGCAACAGGUCGCCGAGGAGUUGCAUGCGGCCGUUGCACGCGCCUUGGCUCAACCGGAUUCCGCGGAGAAGCACACACGUUUGCAGGUGCUGAUGAGCCUGUUCCCCAAUCUGAUUGAAUCCCCGAUGCUCUACGACAAAGUGCACAUGCAUCGCAACACGAUGUACCGGGUGCUGUUGCGUCAGGGUGUCAUGACCUAUCUGACCAAGGUGGCACAGUACAAGGAUCUAUCCAAUCACAAUACGCUGAGCACCCUGGGCGCCAUUCUGCGUCCCAUGGAGAUACUGUUGCGUUUCAAUGUGGCCACAACAACGCUUGGAUCGAAGCGCAUACUCUUUGGCGGCGCCAAUUCUGGCGGCAAUGCGGCCAACAAUGGCAACGGCAGCGCCGGAGGCAAUGGCAAUGGCUUGGCCGGUUCCAAUACGGUGAGCGCGAUCAUCAAUCGUCGUCUGUAUCCACGUCUGGCGGCACGUUCCGCAGUGAAUGCGGCUGUGGAGCGAACGAAUGGCAUUGGCAGCGAGCAUGUGCUGCGCGAUAUCAUAAGGAACGUGCUAUCGGAUCGUCGGCACACGUUUGAGUUCAUCUUCAAUUCGGAUGAGAUGGCUGUCGAUUCGGAGGAUUCGGUGCCGCCCCUUGGCGGCGGCGGAGGCGGCGGCGGCUCAAUCUCCGAAUCAAGAUCAUCGGCUGUGGCAUCUGCGGCAGCAGCCGCUGCGGUUGCCCGUGCUGUGGCAGCUGAGAAUAAUGCACCAGGCAUUAUGGGUGGCGGUAGCAGCAGCAACAGCAACAAUGCGGCUGUCAUCGAUGUGGUCGAUGAGCGCAGCAAUGUCGCCGAUGUCGUCGAAUCGGCUCAAGUCGCUGCAGCGGCAGCCGCAGGAACAACAGCUGCCACAGGCAGCGCUCCCGGUGGCUCAGCAGCUGUUGCUAGCGGUGGCGGUGGCGGUGGUGUGCGUCCGGUACUCAAUUUCGAUCAGCUGUGGGACGAUUUCCUGCAAUGUGAAGGCUUAUUCUUGACAUCGCGCAGCAGCAGCAGCACAGGCGCAGGGGGAACUGGAAGCGGAGGCAAUGGCAACGCCGGUGGCAGCAACAAUGGCAAUGCCAGCGGCAGCUCGGGAGCUUCCACGGCCGCCCAACAGAAUGGCAGCAAUGCAGCAGGCGGUGGAAGUGCAACGCCUGGAAAUAUUGGUGAUCCGCGAUUGCGCAACAGCAGCUCCGUCGAUGUGGAUGUCGUUGGUGGCGGCGGAGGUGGCGGCAACAAUGCCUCGGUGGCCGGAAAUGCGGUGGUGGUAAACGAUGCGGCCAGCGGUGGCGGCAGCGGUGGUGGCGGUGGCAGUGAUGGUGCCUCCACAUCCUCGGAUACGGGCGGACCUCCGCCGGCUGUCGUGCGUACGACGCGUGAGAUGAACGCUUCGCUGUUGGGUGAUGUGAGCACCUCGGACUCCGAUUCGGAGGCAUCGACGGAGAACGAUGAACGCAACGCCGAGGAGGAGGACGACGAUGAUGAUGAUGAUGAUGACGACGCUGCCGAUGAGGAUGUCGAUGAGCACAGUGAAACGGAUGUGGAUGAGGAGCGACCACGGCAAUUCAUCGAAGUCUUUGAUCACAUCUAUGAACCCGAGUCAUCCGAAACAGCAUCGAACGAUGAGGAUGUGGAUGCCGAGGACGAUGACGAUGAGGAGGACGACGACGAUGAUGAGGACGAUGAUGUCGAUGACGUUGAGUCAACGGUUGCCCAGGCGGCCAACGAUGUGGCCCUCAUCGAUCAGGUGUUGGCCCAAGUGAAUGGCGGCAGCUCAUCGGCUCCAUCAUCGGCUGCAGCCAAUUCCAAUAAUCGUCCGCGUCGCAGUGCGGCCAUUGAGACGAAUGGCGGCUUGAUCGGAGGCAUUCGUCUCGAUGGCAGUGAUCAUCAUUCUCGGGGCAUGGACGAAGCGACCCGGGAGGCCAACAAUUAUCUGUACGAACGCUUGGGUGGCGACAGCAGCAGUCAUGUGAUGCCGCAAUCAUCGGCCAGUUUUCGUGUGCGCAUGAACAGCUCGAUUGCCCUGCCCCUCGAUAUUGAUGUCAAUGGCGGUGGCGGUGGAGGCGGCGUCUCUGGUGUUGCCUCAUCAUCUGGGGCUGCCGGUGGCUCAACACGUGGCGGAGGAGGCGGCGGCGGCGGUGGCAAUUCGGCGUCAGCCAAUUCGGUGGCAGCCGCUUUGCGUUCGUCAUCGGACUCGUGGAUGGCACCGGACUUUAAUUUCAUUGGCAGCGGCGCCGGCGGCAAUGCGACCGAUGUCAAUGUCAACGCAUUCCUGCCGCCCGCCAUCAUCCAAAUGGAACGCAAUGCUGGCGGCGGCGGAGGAGGCGGAGGCAACGCUGCUGUCGGUAACCCGAAUAUGAGCAACCUGCUGGACGAACAGCCGAACGUUGCAGCCGCUGGUGCGGUCAAUGGCGGAGCGGCUGGCAACGGUGCAGCUGGCGGAGCGGGCAACUCGGCCGCUGGCAAUCAUCCCAACAAUAGCAACACACUCUGCACGAACGGCGUGCGACGACGGCUGCUCUACUUGGAUCAGCAGUAUUGCGUCUGCAUGCCCACACACCAGAAUCCCACGGAGGAGACACAAAUGGAGAUAUUCACACAGGAUGCACUGCACUGGUGGCUGGAAGAGGCCAAAGCACUGGACAUGGAAAGCCAGACGGAUGCCUGCCUCUAUGCGGCACACUUUCUGCUGCCGCAUCUGAUCAAGGAGCUGAAGGCGGCGCAUCAGCAGCGCAAACAGGAGGAGGCCAGUCGUCAGGCGGCCGCCGCAGCAGCUGCGGCUGCAACCGCAGCAACAUCGGCUGCAUCAGCUGCCACCACCACAGCAACAACAUCGAGCAGCAGUGGUGGAGUGAUUGCGCCAGUGCCGGCAAGUGCGCUGGGCAUCAAUGCCGGGAUCACAACAACGGCGGGUGCAGCAGCGGUGACAACAGCGGCAACAACGCCACACAAUACACCAACCGUAGCAGCAACACCCGCCUCAUCGCCCGCAUCACAAGUGACAACACCGACAACAACAAUGGGAAAUACAAUGCCAACGGCAACAAACAAUUUCCGCAGUUCAAUUCCACGACUGAUACCUUCAAUGCAGUUUGUGAAUGCCGCCUCCUUGGCCACAACAACAACCACAGCAACAACAACAGCAGCAGCAACAGAGUCGUCGACACCAUCACCGCCGCCACCAGCAACAUCAGCAACAGGCAGCGAUAGCAGCAUGGUCUCAGCAAACAGCAUCAUUCAACAGACACUGAUGAGCAGCGGCGGCAGCAACAUUUAUCCAAUACCAGCCACAGCAUCUGCUGGCGAUUUGGUGGAGCAACUGCGUCCACGUCAGCGUCACAAUCCAUCGCGCCUUCUUGGACGCCAGGGCAUCUACAAUAUCUAUGCCGAAAUCGAUUUGACCAACGAACAGGAGACACCGCCAGCAUAUCUUGUCGGUGGCAACGGCGGAAACGGAGGCGGAGCCGGAGCUGCUGCUGCACCGCUAUUUGCCAGUGUGUUGCCACCGCCGCCAUCAAGUGCGACAACACGACUGCCGCCGGUGCCGCAUUUCCCAGCCGCCGAUCGAUCUGCUGCUGGCUUAAUAGCACUAAGUAAUGCGGAUCGUCGCGCGAGAAACGCAUUUGCGAAUAUAUCGCGUAAUGUGCCACUGAGCGGACGCGGUGGCAACGGCGGAGGGGGAGGUAGCAGUCAACGUGAUUUGCCAGCACGACUGCAGCGACUGUCGCAAGCGAUGACCGUGCGUAGCAGCAGCGGCAGCAGCAACAAUGCGACUGGCAGCGAUCUGGAUGAAGCUUGGCGUGAGUCGCCAGUCCGUUUGACCAGUGCUGAUAUGAAUUUCCCGCUCUCACCGUCGCUGGAAAUGAAUCUGAAUUUCCUUGAACCACAGCAACAACAACAGCAACAGCAAAUCGAUGCGUUGCCAGAGUCAGUUGCCAUUGAGCAAUCGCCGCCAGUGGUGCAAUCGCCCACAAUUGAUACGCAGCCGGUGCCGAGCAGUUUGCCCACGGUCAGCAUCUCUGAGCUGGCCGCUCAACUGAUGGCAACCAGCGACCAACAACAGCAGGCGGAGAAUAAUGGCAACAAUGAGGAGACAACAGCAACAGCAGUGGCAACAACAACCCCAACUGUUGCUGAGCAAGUAACGUCAACACCAACUGAAGCAAAUAUUGUGGAGGCCGAAGCAGCAGCUGCUGCAGUGGCCGCUUUAACUGUGCCACAAUCCGAAGCACCGCUGGAACAGCAAACCGAUGAACUGUCCACAGCUGCAGUCUCCAUUGAUGUCGCCACCAAUACCGUGGAUGCGGAUGCAGAUGCCGAUGCCGGAGCAGCCGCUGCAGCUGCAGCUGGCGAGACAGCCGGUGCUGUUGGUGGUGGUGGUGGGGCCACAGCAGCGGUUGCUGCGACGGCUGCCGUUGUCACCGACAUGAGUCCCGAGGUGCGUGCCGCUUUGGGGGAUCUGGAAGUGCCCGAGGGCGUGGAUCCAUCGUUCUUGGCCGCGCUGCCUAGCGAGAUGCGCGAGGAGGUGAUACAGGAGCAUUUGCGAAUGCAGCGCAUACGUCAACGUGCCCAGCAGAAUGCCAUACAAAUUGCACACGAUUCGCUGGUCGAGGUCAAUCCCGAAUUCCUUGCCGCGUUGCCGCCCAACAUUCAGUCGGAGGUGUUGAUGCAACAGCGCAUUGAGCAGCAGCGUCAGGCGGCGCAGAGCGCCAAUCCCGAUGAUCCCGUCGACACGGCUGCAUUCUUUCAAAAUCUGCCCGAGAAUCUGCGUCAAGCGAUCUUAACGGACAUGGAGGACUCACAGAUUGCCAGCCUGCCACCCGAGCUGGCCGCUGAAGCGCAGUUCCUACGUCGCGACUGGGAGUCGCGCAACGGGACACGGAUUGAUGCGCAUCCACCCACCAAUGCACUGUCACGCUUCCAGUCGACGCUGCAGAACCUGGACGAGGCACGCUGGCACAGCGCCAUUUGGUACGAUGCCAGUGGCAAUGCACAGCCGCAGCAUCAUCAGCAUACGACAAUUGUGCAUCACCAUCACAUUGCGCCAAACACGGGCAAACCACUUGCCCUGCUCAUGAUGGAGGAUGAGAAUAUACUGCUCGAUCCGGACUCGUUGGCCACGCUCUUGCUAUUCUUGUUCGUCGAGGAUCAAAAGGUGAACAGCGUGCGUUUGCAUCGCGUCAUACGGAAUUUGUGUCACCACGAACCGACACGUGAUUGGAUUGUGAAAGCAUUGAUCAGCAUCAUACAGAAGACGAACGAGGAUAAUUCGAAUUUCGGUGCGACGGGCAACAAACCGGAAUGGCUCAAAUUGCGUGUGGAUGCGGCCUUCGGGUACAAGAGCAACAUCUUUCUGAUCAAUCGUCUGUACGAUGGCAGCGCACGGAGCAUUAGCAUUAAUCCGCAGGCAGCACAAAUGAUUGUGCGCAAUUGCCUUGAUCUGUUGUUUGUGCUUGCCAAGCAUUAUCCAUUCAGUUUUCUGCCCUACAAUCGCGAACCGAAAUCGCGCAAUCGCAUGUUGAACGCUGUGUUCAAUAUGCAACAAGCAGCCGAAACGGCAGCGGCGCCGGCAACCGGAGAUUUGCGUUCACGUUAUCAUCGCUAUCAGAUUGCCAAUCGUUUGCGUGGCUUCCUCGACGAUCAUCAGUUCCAUCAGCAGCAGCAACAGCAGCAUCAACAACAGCGGCAGCAACAGCAGGCAGCGAACUUUAAGGCAACGCCACCAUUGGAUGAGGCGCCUUCGACAUCGAAAGCAGCUGCUGCCAAGGCAGCAGCCAACGCCAACAGUUCGACAUCGUCCAGUUCGGAAUCAACCAUUGCCUAUCAGACGAAUGCGCACAACUUUUGGGACGUCGUCCUCAACAUUGAUCGCCAGACGCCGGUGCGUUUAGCCAACGUGGCGCAAUUCCCGUUGACUUCGCAGCCUGCGUGGAAGUGGCAAACGAACAACAGUGACUUUUUGUCAUUCAGCGAAUCACCAUUUGGCCAACUGCUCGAGAUGUUGCCCUACAAAGUCAUUUGUCGGUCACCGCACUUGACCGAUAUGCUGGUCAAAUUGCUUGCAUCGCUCAGCGUUGAUUUGCCCAAAGAGGAGGAGCCACAAGCAACACCGCCGCCACCACCUCCGCCGCCACCGCAGUCGCAACAGCCAGUUGGAGUUGGUGCACAGCUGGAGGAGCAGCUAAUGCCACCGCUGGUGCCCAUACAAACGUAUCCGCUAGCCGAAGAUCCGUUGGCCGUCGAGCAGUCGUCGCAGGCAUCGCAGCCGGAGCAACAGCAGCAGCAGGCGGAUGAAGAGGAGCGCGACGAGGAGGAUGACGAUGAAGAGACCGAGGAGGAUGACGAUGAGGAGGAGGAGGAAGAUGACGAGGAGGAUGAGGAGGAGUUGCCAACGGCAGCAGCAGCCGCAGCCUCAGCACCAACUGCUGGACAAUCAGCGACGACGUCAGCAGCACAACCAGCGACAGGUGCAACGCAACCGGUGUCGACGAAGCCGCGUCGCAAGAUCUAUGCCAAGAACUUCUCGCAGCUGCAGCUGGUGAUCGAGGUGCUGACACAUCAAUGCGGCACCACCGAGGGUCUGGACAAUGUGACCAAAUUGAUUGUCAAUCUGACGCAAUGCUCGCAGGCCUCGAAUGCCAUCUUCAUACAGUACUUGACGGCAGCCAUACUUGGGCUGGCGGAGGAAGUGCGUCAGGCCAUCCAAAUGCUGCUCAACGAGAUACGCGCCUACAACAAUCAAACGGCAACGACGACAACACCUCAAGUGGUUGCCGGCAGUUCACAGCAGCAAACGGAUGGCAGCGCCAAUAAGCCGAGUGGCAGCGCCGCCUCCGCCUCCGCUUCGACCUCCGCCUCCGCAUCGUUGCUGUCCAAUUUAACCGUCCACGAGGGCAUGAUGCAGGAUCGCUUCACAUCCGAGGCUGUCAUCAUAUCGGCACCGAAGAAUGCCAAGCCAACAUGUGAGCUGCAGCUGCCGUCGAUGAAGAAACUCAUGUCCAAUUCAUCCGCUCAGCCAUAUUUCCUGCGCACUCUCAAGAUCUUUAUGCAGGUGCGCGACAUGUAUGAGCUGCAAAAUAGUCACAACAACAGCGAAGAGGAGUUGGUUGUGGCUGCCAACGCAGCGGCUGCUGCUGCCGCUGCUGCUGCCAGAGGUGGUGCUGUUGGACAGGAGGAUAUUGACAUUGCUGGCGAUACACCGCCACCACCACCGCCGCCUCCGCCACCGCAAGCGAACGCUUCGAGCAUGGACACCAGCGAUACGACUUCCGCUAACAAUAGCAACAGCAGCAGUAGCAAUGGCAAUGGCAAUGGCAAUGGCAAACCGGCUGCGAAGCCCACACUAAGUCAGAUUCUGUGUCUGGACGUGCUGUGGCACACGUUGAGCGAGUGCCUGGUGGCUCUGGAGGAGUCCAAGGAUGAGUUCGCUGUCCUCGUGCUGCAGCCCACCGUUGAGGCGUUCUUCCUCAUCCAUGCUUCGCAUCGUGUCACACCCAAGAAGCCGGGACGUGGCUCGACGGGUGGCGGAAUUGGAGGUGGAUUGCGCGUUGUGCCGCCAGCUUUGGCCACCGAGCAUCACAGUCCGCAGCUGGACGACACGAACAGCAGCAAUGGCAGCAGCCAGGCGCAUAAUUCCUCCAGCUUUGAAGAUGAAUCGCGUCUUCAGGAUGCGGGGACAAGCACAUCGAGCUCAUCAUCUGUGGUGCUGACAGCGCACGAGCGUCAGCUGAAACAAGAUCGCCAGAAAUUCCUGCAAUUUGCGGAGAAACAUCGCACGGUGCUCAAUCAAAUCCUACGUCAAUCUUCCACGCAUCUAUCGGACGGUCCAUUUGCCGUGCUCGUCGAUCACACACGCAUCCUUGACUUUGAUGUGAAACGCAAGUAUUUCCAAACCGAAUUGGAGCGCCUCGAUGAGGGCAUUCGACGGGAGGAGCAUACGGUGAGCGUGCGUCGCGUCACAGUGUUCGAGGACUCGUUCCGUGUGCUGUAUCGCUUGGGUCCCGAGGAGUGGAAGAAUCGCUUCUACAUUGUGUUUGAGGAUGAGGAGGGCCAGGAUGCGGGCGGUUUGCUGCGCGAAUGGUAUGUGAUAAUCUCCCGCGAAAUCUUCAAUCAGAUGUAUGCCUUGUUCUGCGUAUCGCCGGGCGAUCGCGUCACCUACAUGAUCAAUCCCUCCAGCCAUGCCAAUCCCAAUCAUCUGAGCUACUUUAAGUUUGUCGGUCGUGUCAUAGCCAAGGCCGUGCAUGAUAACAAGCUGCUCGAGUGCUAUUUCACUCGCUCGUUUUACAAGCACAUCUUGGGCAAACAGGUGAAGCACACGGAUAUGGAAUCGCAAGACUAUGAGUUCUAUAAGGGACUCGACUAUCUGAUGAAGAAUGAUAUCUCGACGCUGGGCUAUGAGCUAACCUUUUCAACGGAGGUGCAAGAGUUUGGCGUCACACAAAUCCGUGAUCUCAAGCCAAAUGGACGCGACAUUGCCGUCACCGAGGAGAAUAAAUUUGAAUACGUGCAACUCGUCUGCCAGCUCAAAAUGAGCGGCUCCAUACGUCAGCAAUUGGACGCAUUCCUGGAGGGCUUCUAUGACAUUAUUCCAAAGCAUUUAAUAUCGAUAUUUAACGAGCAGGAAUUAGAGCUUCUCAUAUCCGGCCUCCCAGAUAUUGAUAUUGAAGAUCUAAAGGCCAAUACCGAGUACCAUAAGUACACAUCCAAAUCGGCGCAGAUUCAAUGGUUCUGGCGCGCUUUGCGCAGCUUUGAUCAAGCGGAUCGCGCCAAGUUCUUGCAAUUUGUCACGGGCACUUCGAAGGUGCCUCUGCAGGGCUUUGGCUCGCUGGAGGGCAUGAAUGGCAUUCAAAAGUUCCAGAUCCAUCGCGACGAUCGCUCCACAGAUCGUUUGCCCUGCGCACACACCUGCUUCAAUCAAUUGGAUCUGCCCAUGUACAAAUCGUAUGACAAAUUGCGUAGCUGUUUGCUCAAAGCCAUACACGAGUGCUCCGAAGGAUUUGGCUUUGCCUAAGCGGCGACAACAGCAACAACCAGUCAUUAACAUCAACAACAGCGAACCAACAAUAUUAACAAUAUAACAACAACAGCUGCCAUCGAAGCAACGACAACAACAGCCGCCACAUCAACAACAACAACAACAACGGCAAGCAACAAUAAAUAAAAACAAAUAGCAACACUUACACACAAUUGUACACAAAAGCAACACACACAUGCAACAUGCAACACUCACAGCAACAGCAACAACAGCUACAGCAACAUGCAACAAUUCCUAAAAGAAAAAAGCGACGACGAAAAUGAUUAGAGAACAGCCACUGCAAAUGUGCUAUAAAGCAGCAACAGCAACAACAGCGACAACAGCAACUGCAACAGCAACAACAUAUAUACAGUACAUAUUAGUUAUAUAGUAUAUAUAAAACCAUGUUGAAUUAAUUAUUAAUUUUCGCGCGUAUAUUAUAUACAAUAUAUAUACAUACACACACUCUCACACACCUCCACACACACACACAUAUAUAUAUAUAUAUUUCUCGAUAUAUAUGUAUAUACAAAAACACGCAUAUAUAUAUUUUCUUAAAUUUGCAAAAAAAAAAAGAACGUGAACCACAACAAAAAAAAAAUGAAGUGAGAAUGCAACAUAAAAGCGUAAUAGAAAAACAAAAGCAACAUUCAUAAUGAAAGCGAUGAAGAAAAAGUUGAAGAAGUAUAUCAAGUCAAGGCGAAAGAAGAACGUAUUUGAAAGCUGUUUCUGAUUUUCUACAUUAAGUUUUUUGUUUUGCAAGACCCUAUUUUUGAGAAAAUUAUAUAAUAUAUAAUACGAUAAUAUGAUAAUAAUAACACUAAAUGAAACAUAAUUAAUAUAUAUAUAUUUUAUUUUCCUAAGUGAAGUAAAUGAAAAACAAAAACAACAACAAACAAUGGAAAUAACUUUGAUAUGUGUGAAACAAAGCAAAAUGCAUAAAGUGCACAUUACGCUUUGAUUCUUGUUUAUAUAUAUAAAAAACGAAAAAAAAUAAAAUAAAAUAAAACUAAAAAAAAAAAAA